GGGGUGAAGCGCCGCACGUCCUUCUACCUGCCCAAGGGGACCGUCAAGCACCUGCACAUCCUCUCGCACACCCGUGCCAGUGAGGUCAUCGACGCUCUCCUCCGCAAGUUCACCGUCGUCGACAACCCCCGCAAGUUCGCCCUCUUCGAACGGUCCGAGAAGGAUGAGCAAG